UAAAGAAUCAAAUCCAUGGCUGAGAGAAGACUUCUUCACCAGGAUGACGACAACGGUUCCCUGCUCUCCAAACUUGGGACAGACAGCCCGAAACCCAGGGUGAAGUUUGGAGGCAUGUUCUGUAACAUCGAAGGAGCUUAUGAAAAUAAGACCCUUAAUUUUGAGUCGUACAGCCCCGGGUCUGCCAGAAGAAAUCAUAAGGGAAGAGUCGAUGAUCAGAAAGACAAUUUCAGCGAUACUUCGAGUCUGAGCAACUUCUCCAGCGCGAGUCAAACACAACCCAACCCGUCCAGUGCUUCACCGGGUCAGAUCAUCGUAUAUCCAACCGGACACAACCGUGCGCAAAACGGGAAACGAGAGGGUGAUAAGCUCAUCAUUAAAGGUGGAAAAAUCGUAAAUGACGACCAGUCGUUUUAUGCUGAUAUUUACAUUGAAGAUGGGAUAAUUAAGCAGAUUGGGGAGAAUCUCAUCGUACCUGAGGGGGUGAAGACUGUGGAUGCAUACGGGCACAUUGUGAUCCCCGGGGGUAUCGAUGUGAACACCUGUCUGCAGGCUUCUCACCUGGGCAUGAGCCCGGCAGAUGAUUUCUAUCAUGGCACCCGUGCCGCUCUGGCUGGAGGAACCACUAUGAUCAUUGACCAUGUCGUGCCUGAACCGGGAUCUAGUUUAAUGUCGGCGUAUGAUCAGUGGAGGGAUACGGCGGACAAGCGGUCGUGCUGUGACUACUCUCUACACAUUGAUAUCACACGCUGGCAUGAUGGUCUGUUUGAGGAACUGGAGACUCUGGUCAAAGAUAAAGGCGUAAACUCCUUCCUUAUCUUCAUGGCUUAUAAGGACCAAUAUCAGAGCUCUGAUACACAGAUCUAUGAGAUGUUUGGUGCUAUGAGAGAUCUGGGGGCCAUCGCACAAGUUCAUGCUGAAAACGGUGACAUCAUUGAGGAGGAACAGAAGAACGUUUUGGACCUGGGAAUCACUGGACCAGAAGGACAUGUAUUGAGUCAUUCAGAGGAGAUUGAGACUGAAGCUGUGUAUCGAGCUAUCACCAUUGCUAAACAGGCCAACUGUCCGCUUUACAUCACCAAAGUCAUGAGUAAAUCAGCUGCUGAUGUCAUCGCCAAGGCCAGGAAAAAGGGUAUGGUCAUCUACGGGGAGCCCAUUGCUGCCAGCCUCGGCACAGACGGAUCACACUAUUGGAGUAAAGACUGGGCCAAAGCUGCUGCAUUUGUGAUGUCUCCGCCCCUUAAUCCUGACCCAAGCACUCCAGAUUACCUCAAUUCACUCUUAGCCUGUGGUGAUCUUCAGGUUACCGCCAGCGCCCACUGCACCUUCACUACCGCCCAGAAAGCCGUUGGGAAGGACGAUUUCACCCUUAUCCCAGAGGGAACCAAUGGUAUAGAGGAGCGUAUGAGCAUCAUAUGGGACAAAGCUGUGGCGACGGGUAAAAUGGAUGAGAAUGACUUUGUUGCGGUAACCAGCACGAACGCUGCAAAAAUCUUCAACGUGUAUCCUCGCAAGGGCCGAAUCGCUGUUGGGUCCGAUGCCGACCUUGUUAUCUGGAACACCAAGGAGACUAAACUAAUCUCUGCCAAAUCUCAUAACCUGACAGUGGAGGUGAAUAUCUUUGAGGGAAUGGAGUGCCGUGGCUUCCCUGUCGUGGUCAUCAGUCAAGGCAGGAUUGUUUUAGAAGAUGAAAAACUGAAUGUGAUCGAGGGUUCAGGGCGCUUCAUCCCCAGAAAAGCUUUUCCAGACUACGUCUACAAGAGAAUCAAAGCCCGAGGCAGGAUGGCGGAUGCUCGUGGCGUUCCCAGAGGAAAUUAUGAUGGCCCGGUCCAUGAUGUCAUCAGUAUGAGCAAAUCUGUAUUGUCCACGCCGACCACUAGGGGUCCCAUGUGUCCAGGAAAGACUCCACUUGGACCCGGCAGAAACUUGCACCAGUCUGGAUUCACCCUAUCUGGCACUCAGUCAGACGAUCACAUUCCCAGGCGUACGGCACAGAGGAUCGUAGCUCCCCCUGGAGGCCGAUCAAAUAUCACAUCCCUCUCCUGAGUCGCAUUUGCGCCAAGCAGAAGUUCAGAUUCCCCGCCUUCCGAUUUU